CUCUUGACACAUUUUAAUUAGGGAUAGAGCUCAAAUAUCCUUAUUUUCAACUACAAGAAAGUUAUCUCAUACUAUUUGUAUAUAUUGACUGAUUAAUGAAGUAAGCAAAAGCAAUGGAAGAACUUCACUCAUCAGAUGAGUUUGUUAAAGAUGGAUCAGUGGACCUCCAUGGACAGUCUGUUAUCAGAAUUCAGACUGGAACAUGGAAGGCAUCCCUUUUCAUAAUUGGGGUGGAGAUUGCAGAGAGGUUUGCUUAUGCUGGUAUAUCUUCAAAUUUGAUAAUUUAUCUCACAAGUGUUUUGAAUGAAAGCACUGCCACUGCUGCAAGCAAUGUGAACAUAUGGACAGGGGUACAAUACAUUUUGCCUUUUCUGGGAGCUUUUGUUGCAGAUUCAUAUUUGGGUCGGUACUGGACAAUCAUUGCUGCUUCACUCGUUUAUUUAAUUGCGCUAAUCUUGGUGACUCUAUCAGCCUCUCUCAGGAGUCUCAAACCCUCACUAUGCAAGUAUAAGUCAGAGUCUUGCUCCAGACUCAGAUCAUCACAAUUCAAGAUUGGGUUUUUUUUCUUCUCACUUUACUUGGUUGCUUUGGGGUCAGGGGGUCACAAGCCAUCUCUACAGGCCUUUGGUGCUGAUCAAUUUGAUGAUGAAAACCCAAAAGAAAAGCAACACAAAACUUCAUUCUUUAACUGGUGGUAUUUUGGUUUUUGCUUGGGAACCCUUGCAGGUGUCACUGUGCUCGUGUACGUCCAAGAUAAUAUUGGUUGGGGUGUAGGAUAUGGCAUUCCUGCCGCUACCAUGGCAAUGUCAAUUCUUGUGUUCUUGUGUGGGACUAGGUUUUACAGAAACAAACUGCCUGGUGGAAGCCCUCUCACUCGAGUCAUACAUGUGUUUGUUGCAGCAUUCUACAAACGAAAUGCCCCUAUUCCUUUCCGAGAACAAAAUCACUUAGCUUCUAUUCAAGAAGAAGAGGUUCUGACAGAAUCAAGAAGACAACUCCUGCAAACGAACGAGUUCAGGUUUCUUGACAAAGCAACAAUUGAAGAUGAAUUAGAUUUAGAAUGCAAAACAACUCGUAAUUGGAGACUCUCCACAGCUCAACAGGUUGAAGAGGUAAAAAUUCUUCUGGGCAUAUUACCUAUUUGGAUGGCAUGUUUGAUGUAUGGCGUUGUCUUUGCACAGUCCUCCACAUUCUUCACAAAACAGUGCAGCACAAUGGAUAGAAAAAUUGGUAGACAUUUUGUGAUCCCUUCUGCAAGUAUGCAAUGUUUUAUUAGCAUAUCUAUUAUGCUAUUGGUCCCUGUCUAUGACCGCAUCUUUGUUCCAAUUGCAAAAAGGUUAUCAGGGAAUGAGAGGGGUAUAACACUGCUCCAAAGGAUAGGCACCGGUAUGUUUAUUUCUGCAAUUUCAAUGAUUGUCGCUGCAGGGAUAGAAAUUAAAAGGGUCAAGGCAGCAAAGGACAGUGGACUGAUAGACGUGCCCUCUGCAACAAUCCCAAUGAGCAUUUUCUGGUUGCUUCCACAAUAUGUUCUUUUUGGCAUAGCUGAUGUGUUUACAAUGGUAGGAAUGCAAGAGUACUUUUAUGAUCAGAUGCCAGACACAAUGAAAAGCUUGGGUAUUGCUGUCUAUUGGAGUGUUAUAGGAGUUGGUAGUUUCCUCAGUAGUAUCCUCAUUUUGGUCAUUGAGAAGGCUACUUGCGGAAAGGAGGACCAUUGCUGGUUUGCAAACAACUUGAACAGAUCUCAUUUAAGUUACUUUUAUUGGCUUCUAGCUUCUUUGAGUCUGUUCAACCUGGGCAUUUUCAUGACCUUAGCUAGCUGUUACAAGUACAAGAAGACUGCAUUUACUGACACACAGAAUGCUACCUAAAAACCAACUUUAAAGUGCCACCGGUACUUCAUUUAUCAGUUUUACUGUUGUAAUUUGUUAUUACAAUGUAGAUAUAUGGCCUAGUAGUUGCUUUGCAAAUUGCUGAACUGGAUUAAGAACCCAAUUCCAAAUUUAUGAACUGGGUUAAGAACCCAACGAUGCACACUCUGUAAGUAGCAUGUAAGUAGAGGAGUCAAACUCUCAUAUUCUACUAGAGGCCACAUGAAAUACUAUAAUUUUACGGGUUGACACCAUAAAUGCCAUCUAACAAACCUUACCCCAACCUUGCUUCCACCAUAUCAAUUAUACUCAACUGUGGGAACAUCAACUUAUAUAUGUACUGGAAACUUAAUGUGUUGUUCCCACUUAGUGAAGUGUAUUUUAAAUCACAACAGUUCUACAGGAAAAACUACUCAUUUGGGCUUCAAUAAGCUUCGUGCAUUGAUUCUUUCAAA